AUGCAGAGUCACAUGGUGCCGCAUGGUCAUUUUCAUCCAGCGCACAUCAACUGUGCCAUGGAAUUUUACGAUAGCGGCAGACCUCACGUUUUGAUACAGAGUUUGAACAUUGCACGGGAUUACCGCGACAUUACACGUACUAAUGUUGUGUAUAUAGUAACAAGUUUAACGGUUGGUUAUUCGUCGCGAAUUACAUGCACUUUUGAACAACAACAGCAACAACAACAGCAGGAGCAGCAGCAGCAGCAGCAGCAGCAGCAGCAACAAAAUGGUCGUCACGUGGUGCACGAGCAGAGGAUAGAAGAAAUAUUUUUUCAUUAUAUUCGAUCGUUCUAACAUAACCGGCGCCACGUAAAUACGAUUCACCGCUAUCCUUUGAGAUAAAAGAAUCUGUAUAUGUAUAACGUCAUCAUUUUUUAUGUACCAAAGCUUAUUAUCAUUAAGUAAUUUAAUGAUUACUUUGUAUUAUUGGAUUAAUUACCUUAAGCCUAUACAGAUAAAUAUAUUAUGUACCAUAUUAGAGGCCGUGAAAAUAUUUCUUCCCGUUGCCGGACUUACGUAUCCACUACUAGGAAUCCCAUGAGAUUAUUUCUGUCAAUCAAUUCUGAUCGAUCGGAAGGACGUUGCAGUAAUGUAUGGGUAAAAAGUUGAUCGGACUUAACGGGCAUAACGUUUUGAUCCCAGGAGAUUUAUUCUAAGACCAAUAAUUUACCUCGAAAUACAAAAAAUUCUUAAAUAAUGAGAGUUUAUCUUUACAAUUGAAAGGAGACACAGGAAACAUAUAAUGGAUAGAAACACAGAGAUAGGUCAAAUAGCAACAUGCAUAUCUAUCAUCUUAAUAAGUGCAAACAACAACUUCCCUAGUAAAGAAAAGAGAGAGAGAGAGAGAGAGAGAGAGAGAGAGAGAGAGAGAGAGAGAGAGAGAGAGAGAGAGAGA